GGCAGGCAGUCGAGGGGAUGGAGGGCAGCGAGGCGGGCGGUGGGGGUCUGCUGCAGCAGAUCCUCAGCCUCCGCCUGGUGCCCCGUGUCGGCAACGGCACCACCUAUUCCAGCCCGCUUUCCACCUUCCCAGAGAUGUGGUACGGCGUCUUCCUGUGGGCCCUCGUCUCCUCGCUCUCCUUCCACGUCCCCGCCGCCCUGCUCGCUCUCUUCACCCUCCGGCACCACAAGUACGGCAGGUUUAUGUCCGUCAGCCUCCUGCUGAUGGGCAUCGUGGGACCCAUCACCGCCGGCAUCCUGACAAGUGCAGCUAUUGCUGGAGUUUACAGAGCUGCUGGGAAAAAAAUGAUUCCCUUUGAAGCCCUCAUUUUUGGAGUGGGUCAGACAUUCUGUGUGGUGGUUGUUUCAUUCCUACGGAUUUUAGCCACUCUCUAGCUUUCCUUCAGAUGCUGGUGAUUGAAAAUGGAAGGGAACCAAAGCAUCUGCAGCAUGCCUGGUGUCUGUGAAGCCAGUAAUGAGGGAGCACAACUUGGAUGGUGCCUUGGCGCGUGUUUCCUCCCCAGUACAAAGCUGCAUGAAGGCUGCUCCUGCCUCAGGCUGGCGGCAGGGCUCCCUGACUGUGAUAGGCAGGAUUCUCAUUGCAGAGCCUACCCAAAGGGCUGCAUGCCACAGGCAUGGUGGACAGCAUCCUUUCUGUAACUUAUCUUGCUUAUAUACCAAUCAUGACAUCCAGGUUCAUUCUCCUCCAGCACUGCUGAAGCUGUGUCACCAGCCCUGAGUGAGCACUAGCAUCUAGGCUCUGGUGCUGGCUGCUUGCUGACCACAGCACGCCACUAAAUGGGGCUGCAGUCUGCUUCAGAAAUUGAGAUGAAAAUCAUUAAUUUCGUUACGUUUUUGUAACGCUAAGUGCCAAGUGAAACUUUGUUGUCCUGGAGGAUAGGAAGAGGGCUCUGGCAGAGACUUACCGACCUCUUGCAGGUGACAAAUUGUAGCAAGAGAGUAACUGAACUGCUGGGGGGUGAGAUCGUGGCUGCAGGCGGUGUGGUGUGUUCAGAGCUCACCUAAGUCUGUGACCUCUUCUGCUUUGCAGUGAGCCCAAAUCUCUUUUAAUGUGAUUCUUUCUUUUUCUUUUUUUCUUUUAAUGAGAAAAUUCCUUUAUUGUUUUCUUUUCUGGCCCCGUCUUCCUCAUGGCAGGUCAUGGUCAUAGUGAGACUGGGGAGCAGCAAAAGGAAAAACCAUUUUAAAUGGGUGAAAGUGCAAAAUUGUGGCUGAGAGCUGUGAUUAUGAGCACUGAGGCAUGGGAAAUCAUCAGCAUAAAAAUGAUUGUGGUCUUUAUGAAUUUCAUUGCAGUGAAACUCUUCCGAAGCUGUACCUCCUGCACAGGAGCUGCACCCUGCUGCUCACAGCAGAGCUUCUGGGGUGCAUGAGUGUGUGCAUUUGCUUUGAAGGAGACCCGUGGUGUUGAACUCCUCACUCUCCUUUUACUUGUUGAACGUAGGUGUGUGACUGAGCAUCUUUGCAGGUACGCAGACACCAUAGUUGGCAUAUGUAGAACUCAGCACUCUGCCUUGGUGACCAUGUGAGUGAGAACCUGCUGGCUUUUGGGGACAUAUAGGCAAUGUGUUGUGUUUUAAACACCCAGCCCAUGGCACCUGAGAGACUCCCACCUCUGUCAGCACUGAGCUGUGCAAAAAUAACCCCAGACCAACUCCUUCUGGCCGUGCUACCGUCUCUCCUAAUGCGUUCAUUUGGUUUAAAUGAUAUUUAACUAAUUCUGAGCUCUGCCCUCUCUUCCAGAGGUGUGCUGUGCAGUCAGGGCUCUCAGGUCUGCUUUCUGGGCUGGGUGCUGGGUCCCACAGGGAAGCUGGCGCUGAAUGCUGAGGAUUUGGCUGGGUGACACGGCAUGUCUAUUAGCAGCUGACAGUCCUCUAGAGGAAGGCACCAUCUGUGUCCAGCCUCCAGGCCAUGCUUCCCACCUGUGUGGUGACAGAAAUCCUUUGCUUUCCAGACCAGCUUACCUCUUGUAUCAAAUUUCUGUAAGGCCACAAACAUGGUGGCCCCUGUCCUGAAACAACCCCGAUCAAGGUCCUGUGCUGAUCACGAAAGCAAUUCUCUCACUGUGCUAAGACGUCUCUUGAACGGCCCUUUGCCAGCAGAUGGAGAGAGUUGUUUUUAAGGAGUUUUUAAUGAAAUUGCUCUAAAAUGCAGCCCAUUUCAAUCCAGGGCAUGCAACUGUGAGUUUUAGUUUAAUGUGAAUCCUUCUCCUUAGGUGGGCAAGGUUCAAACUGUUAGUAAAUGCCACUUUAAGACUGCCUGAUGGGUGCUGAGCACAAGCCUUCUGUGUGUCAUGUGCUGUGCUGCUUGUAGAGGACCAGUCUGGGAGAAAGUUGGGCCUCUCCCUCUGUAUCUUUCCCCCCUCCCCAAACCAAAAUCAGGAAUAAUGAUCUGUUUAGAUAUAGGAUGUUUCCUUUAUCUCCAUCUGGAGUGAGGAAAACAGAGGAAUCCGUGGAGUUUUCAUCAGGUGUCUGUCAGCUUUGCUUGGGCAGAAGGAUUUAGGAAGGCUGGAAUUCAGAAACGCUGAGAGCUGUUGCAGCGGGCUGGAAAUAAACCCUGGGACUGCCUGGGAGAAGAGCAGUUCCUGCUGUACUGCAGUGUAACCUUGUCAAAAGCUGUAAACAACCUCCAAAAAUGGAAAUGCUGAGGUGUCCUGGGUGGGCAGGGCUGUGAGCCCUGUCCAGACAGCCCUUCUGGCCCAAGAAACAUCACUGCUUGAGCAGGGACUCACCUCCAAGCUUCCUGUGUGCUGCUCUGCUUGGGUACAGCCCUGACUUUGUGUCUCGUUAGCAAGUGCAGCUGUCAUGAACAAAUCUUUGUAUGAUAGAAAGCUAUGUGAAUUUUAUUUUUCUACUGACACUUCUAAUCCUGGUGGCGAUGAUCAGUAAAUGCUGUGAUGAUCGAGGUGAA